CCCUCCCUCCCUCCCUCUCUCUCUCCUUCCCUCCCUCCUGUCUGACAAUGGAUGACGAGCGGCUGCGAAGCGCGAGCCGCCGGCGGCUCAACACCUUCCAGAAGAUUCGAGGAAAAGAAGUGAAAACUGGGGAAUUCUGGAAUGUUGUCGUCAUUACAGCUGCUGAUGCAAGUCAGGAGCUAGUGUACAAGCAACAAAUUACCAAGAAAUUAGAAAGGAAAGAGCUUCCACUUGGUGUUAGGUACCAUGUGUUUGCUGACCCUGUAGGGCCCAAAAUAGGAAAUGGAGGAUCCACACUUUUCGCCCUUAAACGAUUAGAAGAGCUUUAUGAAGACAAAUUAGAUGACUUUACUGUCCUUCUCAUUCAUGCUGGAGGUUAUAGCCAACGCUUGCCCACUGCAAGUGCAUUGGGGAAAAUCUUCACAGCUCUGCCUUUAGGUGACCCCAUUUAUCAAAUGCUGGAACUCAAACUAGCAAUGUACGUUGACUUUCCAGCCUACAUGAAACCUGGGGUAUUGGUGACCUGUGCAGAUGACAUUGAAAUGUACAGUGUGGAAGAGACUGAAGUCAUUAAGUUUGACAGAACUGGCUUUACCGCACUUGCCCAUCCUUCUCCUCUUUCAAUUGGAACUACACAUGGCGUUUUUGUUUUGGAGCCACUUGAAGUAAAAGAUCAAGAGCUAGAAUAUAAAUUAUGUCGCAACUUUCUGCACAAACCGAGCAUAGAAAAGAUGUAUGAGGCAGGGGCAGUCUGCAGAAAACACAAUAAAUUUCCGCCAAUUCAAAAUAGUGGUGAUUCUUCAAUGUUAGACUUAGUUUACACCGAUAGUACCUUUUACUUUGAUCGCGCAACGGCUAAACAUCUCUUGAUGUUAUUAAAAGAAAUUGACCCCAUCAGCUGUGAAAUAGAUGCAUAUGGUGACUUCCUACAAGCACUUGGACCAGAUGCAACACAGGAGUACACCAAAAAUACAGCUAAUGUCAGCAAGGAGGAGGCCAGGCUUGUUCAAAUUAGGAAAAAGAUAUUUUUCUAUCUCCAAGGAACACCACUAAAUGUGAUUGCGUUGAACAAUUCAAAAUUCUACCACAUUGGGACCACCCAAGAAUAUUUGUUCAAUUUGACCACAGACAGGAAGCUCAAAGCUGAGCUUGGAAUACUUUCGAAUGCUUCCAGAAUCAACCAGAUCAGUGCUGAAGAGAAAGGUGUGAUUCAUUGUAUUAUUCAGAGCAUUGUAGAACCUGGUUGUGAAAUUGCACCAGGCACAGUGAUUGAAUAUUCCAGAGUGGGGGCAGAUACCUCUGUAGGUGCAAACACCAUAAUUAGUGGAUGCUUCAUAAAAGGAAAAUCAAUGAUACCAGCCAACAUGUUGAUGCAUUCCCUGAGUGUCAAGAUAGACAAUGCACCUGCUUUUGUAACUGUAAUGUUUGGAAUUGAAGACAAUCUGAAGAAAACUGUGAUGUCUCUAUCAGACAUCAAUAAACUUCAGUUGUUUGGUAGGAAUUUCAAAGAUUGCAUUAAACAUUUUGGUUUAACUGUUUCAGAAGAACUCUUCUCGGGAAACAAAAGUAGUUUGAGUCUGUGGAGUGCUAAACUUUUCCCAGCGUGCGACAGUUUGUCUGAGUCGGCCUCCAUGGUUCUGAAGAUGCAAGAAGCGCUGCAUAAAAAUUCAUUCCAUCAUUUUGCCAAGGAUCUUAAAUUGUUAUCCAUUAAGGAAAUACUUCACCACAAGGACGUUGAAGCAAUGCUGAGUUUCCGAGAGAAGCUCAUUGAGGAAAUUAAUCAGUUAAAACACACUGGGGAAAUCAAUUAAAAUAUCUAAUACUGUUAUGAAAUGUUUUGUUAGAAGGUCAAUAAAAAGAAAACAAAG